CGGGGGGAGCGGCACCGACCCCGCGUCCGCGCUGCGGGCCAAGGGGCGGGGCGGGAUCGAGGCCUGCGGCGUGCCUGAGCGUUGGUUUUGAGGAAAACAUGCGGCAGUGUGCAUCAGGAAUUCCUGCUUCUGCACUGCACAGCCCGCGGCUCCCCCUUUCCCAAGAUGGCGGUGUUGUGGGCACUCCGCAUCAGCUCCUCCGGGUCAGCCGACCUGCCCCAGCACUGCCCCAGCGCUGCCCCGUCUGCGACUGGGCCAUCCUUGUGCGGGAAACAAACAUCUGGUGCCUGAAGUCCGAGGAGUUCCAGAUGUAGCCCAGGAGAAGAGCAAUAAUAACAUGGUUUCAUUGAGGUGGAUUUAUAAAAAAAGCUCGGCUAGAAUCAUACAAACAUCACAUGAAAUGCGUCUAGGGUUACAAACUUAAAAGGCUAAGACAGUAUUUCAAUGAGUCUUUCAAGGAAAUUGCACAGGCAGCUGAAGCAGUCUGUCCCUCAUCUGUGGGAAUUUGGAUCACUUCUGUCUUUCUUGCUCAGCUGCUUUGUUUUCCCAACUGUACUUUUCACUCCUUCCGCCAAAGCAGUCACGCUCUUAUUAAACAUGUGCUGUUUUUCUGCGGUAUGACUGGGGUUUUUAAAUGAGAAUAAUAAGUGAAGCUGCAACUGCAUUUAGAUAAACAGUAAAUUCACAUUUUUACUAGUUCUGUGUAAAUUAUUGACCUGCCUAACAUGAGUUGUAUGUUUCUUACUAUGUUUUUUAAGAGUUGUAAGGAAAAAGCUUUUUAAAGUAUCUUGUGUUUGCUGAGCUAAGGUUGCUCUAUUAUUUUGAGUUUUGCGGUAUUUCUUUUAAAAUACACCUACAGUCAGUUUUGGAAGUAAACCAGAAGUCAUGGGAGGUGAAAAUCACAAGAGUUGGAGGUCAAUUUUUUUAUUUUUUUUUUUUUUUAGGAAUUAUGCUUUUAAUUGCAAGUCAUCUGCCAUUUUAUAAGAUGGCUUUGUAAGAUUACUAUGAUUUUAUAAGAUUACUUUUAUAAUUGUGUCAAAAAUGUGCAAGAAUUAAACUGUGAAGUAGGUAGCUGACACCUUCCCAUGUGAGACUUUAUGUGAAAUACCAGAUGAUGAAAGAAAGGUGGGAACUUCUGGUUGUCUGUUUUAGACCCACCAUUACAGAUGAGGUGAAGAGAAUACAGCAGCAGCAUUCACUCCCUUCCACCUCAUCUUCCCCUGCAGGCUGGGCUCCUCUCCCCACUUGAAAACCCUGACAGUUGUUUCUGGUGCAGAAUAUGGACUAUGUAGAAUUUUCUUAAGGAAUAAUUUGCUUUGAUGCUUGGUCUUUGUGUACUGUCAAGCCUCUUCCAACAAGGAGGAUUUAAUCCAUGAAACAGAGAGUAGCCAGCAAGCUCUAAGUAAUGUCCAGGUGUUAGAAAAACAAAUUACUUGUUGGUAGAAUUGCCUUCUUAAACUUAUGAAGGCAUACUUAAGUGAUCUCAGAACUAUAAGGGCAGGCUAACAAAGCCUGGGAAAAGGGGUGUACCACUGACAGUGGACACAGAGAAUGCUGAAUUCAGAGGCCACAGGGACAUGUAGCAGAAACUCCACAUAAGGAGGAAGAAACAAAUAAAGCAAACUCAGCAAUUGUGCUGGAAUCAGCUCUAGCUGGGUAACAGGUAAUUCUGGCUGAGGAGGAUUGCAACGACCAACCCAAGAAUCCCACUGAUUCAAAAUAGGAGAGACUGAAUGUGGACUAAUCAGCACGGGAAGCAAGAAAAUAAUGAACCAGUAGAAGAGAGAAUAAUAAUUGGUUACUUAUAACCAAUGAAUACUAAUCCUUUUGCUUGCUAAAAAUGUAUAAUUAGUAAAAACAUUUUACAGUUGGGUACUUGAUUUGUGUAAUUCCACUGGGCACCCAGGCUUACACAACUCUGAAAUAAAUAAUCAGUGUCACCUGGAGUGUGUAGUUACUGGCUCGUUGCACACUAGGUAACGAAUCAAACUUUUGUGGACAACAUUUCUGUGGUUGGCAACGUAGCAAUAGCAGGCAGGGCUGGAUUUCCCUAAGUAGUUGCUUCUUCUCUACGUAUUUCAUUCUCUUGGCAAAAUGACUUCUUCAUGGGUGACUUUUUUUCUGAGAGAUAAGAAGGGAGUGUGUUUUGUGGUGUAAACAGGAACUCCGUAAUUCUUUUUUUCUGCAGCAUUCUAAGUGUAAGCCAUGUUAGUGUGGGAGUUGAAGAUGAGUGUUGCUGCAUGGAUAUAAAGUAACUUUUCUGGGAGGUAAUUUGUGAAGUGCUUUAAUUGAAGCACUUGGAUGCUCUCCUGAGGUUCUUCUGCAUAAGCAGCAGACUACUGUCUGCAUCUCAUCCCUAGGUACCAAGUUGUGCUAAACCUCUCCAGGUCCGAGAUCCUCUGCAUAUUCCACCCUGAGCCAGCUAUGUUUAUUGUGUUAGUAAGGGAGGAAGAGAUAUCAAAUUACAAGCACUAUAUGUCUUUCUCAGAAGGCUGGCAGAGAAUAUUUCACUUUACAGAGGAAGAACUGUAAGUAGGAUGGAUGAAUAAGCUUGACAGUAAAUGAAAUCCCUGGCAAUUGUGAUGCACUCAGAAGCUGAAAACUGCUGCUCUACUAGAUCCAUAUUUAAAACCAGUGCUUCUGCCAUGGAAGCUGAGGAAACGAUGGAAUGUAUCCAGGAAUUUCCUGAACACUAUAAAGUUAUUUUGGAUAGACUGAAUGAACAACGUGAGCAGGACCAGUUUACAGAUAUCACUCUGAUCGUCGAUGGUCACCAUUUCAAAGCUCAUAAGGCAGUUCUUGCUGCCUGUAGCCAGUUCUUCCACAAAUUCUUCCAAGAUUUCACUCAGGAGCCUUUGGUGGAGAUUGAAGGUGUAAGUAACAUGGCAUUUCGUCACCUAAUUGAGUUCACCUAUACAGCAAAACUAAUGGUACAAGGUGAGGAAGAAGCAAAUGAUGUUUGGAAAGCUGCAGAGUAUCUACAGAUGCUAGAAGCAAUCAAAGCCCUUGAAAUCAGGAACAAAGAAAAUUCAUCACCCUUAGAAUCAAAUGAAGCACAAGGUAAAAAUAAACCAAAAAAGAGGAAGAUUGCUGAAACCUCUAAUGUUAUCACAGAAACACUGCCAUCUGUAGAAUCAGAGCCUGUUGAGAUUGAGGUCGAGAUUGCAGAAGGGACAAUGAAAGUGGAAGAUGACAGCAUUGAAACUCUUGAAGAAGUAGCUUCUGCAGAGCAAUCCAUAAAGUACAUACAGACAACAGGUACAUCAGAUGAAUCUGCUUUGGCUCUUUUGGCAGAUAUCACCAGCAAGUAUCGUCAGGGAGAGAGAAAAUGCCAGAUCCAAGAAGAAGGUGAUAGUGCAACUGACUCCUCGUGCAAACAGGUAGAAGGUAUUGAAAUUGUGGAACUUCAGCUGUCACACAUGAACAAUUUAUUCCACUGUGAGAAAUGUAACCGUUCAUUUAAAUUGUUUUACCAUUUUAAGGAACACAUGAAAACACACUCUACUGAGAAUUACAAAUGUGACAUAUGCAAUAAAAGAUACCUACGAGAGAGUGCUUUGAAACAGCACCUCACCUGUUACCACCUUGAUGAAGGUGGUGCCAGCAAGAAGCAAAGACCUGGCAAGAAAAUACAUGUAUGCCAGUACUGUGACAAGCAGUUUGAUCACUUUGGGCAUUUUAAAGAGCACCUUCGGAAGCACACAGGUGAAAAACCCUUUGAAUGUCCCAACUGCCAUGAACGUUUUGCUCGGAAUAGCACUCUCAAAUGUCACCUGACAGCCUGUCAGUCAGGAGCUGGCGCUAAAAAGGGAAGAAAGAAGCUUUAUGAAUGUCAGGUUUGUAACAGCGUGUUUAACAGCUGGGAUCAGUUCAAAGACCACUUGGUAAUACACACUGGUGACAAACCCAACCACUGUACCUUAUGUGAUUUGUGGUUUAUGCAAGGCAGUGAGCUGAGAAGGCAUCUCAAAGAAAUGCACAAUAUUUCAGAACUGUUAGUGACAGAAGAGGUUCUUCCAGUGGAAGCUAUGGAAGCUGAACCAGUAACAUCAAUGACAAUAAUAGAACAAGUUGAGCAAGUGCAUGUCCUACCAGUAAUUCAGGUACAAGUGGAUCCUGCACAGGUAACUGUGGAACAGAUGCACCAGGAUCUCAUACAGGACAAUCAAGUGAAAGGCACACAGAUGGAGGAACUACAGGAACAGGUGCAGAUUAGUUACUUGGAAGUUGAACACAUUCAGACUGAACAAGGUGCAGAAGUUCAUGUGGAGCAGUUACAUGUUGAGCAUGUAAAUCAAAUACAGAUGGAAGAAGUACAGGCAGAACUUAUAGAUGGCACAGACCUUGAACAAGUAGAAUACCAAAGUGUUGAUCAAGGAGAAACAGAAGAAAAGGAUCCUAAUCAAGCAGAUGAUGCAGAUAAGGAACAUCAUGAGCAAGCUGAAGACUUAAAAACACAACAAUUAGUGGACACACAAAAUGCAAAAGUGGAUGACUAG